UAACUUUCCGCCCACCACCUCCCGAUGUUGGUCCAUGUUGGACGGAGGUUUCAUUUCGAGAGGCUGCGGCAGGCAAGGGCUGUCCAUCAGCACAGACCCUUGGUUGAGGACUCGAGAUGGCCAAGCUGGGGCGUCGUUAUCGGCAUCGAGGUGCACGCGCAAAUCAAGUCCAGGCAGAAGCUCUUCUCUAGUCAGUUUAUGUCUUACUCGAAUUCAGUCCAUCUACCAAAUGCUCUGGUCUCUCCGUAUGACGCUGCAUUCCCGGGAACACUACCGAGACUAAAUCCUUCUUGCGUCGAACUCGGUGUCCGAACGGCCUUGGCCCUAGGCUGUGAAGUCCAGCCACGUUCCACUUUCGACAGAAAACACUACUUCUAUGCCGACCUUCCUUCCGGUUACCAGAUCACACAGCACUACGCUCCCUUCGCUACGAGUGGACACUUACAUCUCAGUAAGAGCGACCUGUCUGUCCGCAUCAAACAGCUUCAGCUUGAGCAAGACACUGGAAAAUCGAUGACAGAUCGAAGAAGGCGUGUUACUUCCAUCGACUUGAACAGAGCCGGUGCUGGACUUAUGGAAAUCGUGUCGGAGCCGGACAUACGGUCUCCGGAAGAGGCUGCUGACUAUGUCAGAACGUUGCAGACCCUUUUACGCGCUAUGGGAUCUAGUGAUGGUAACAUGGAAGCGGGCUCGCUCAGAUGCGACGUUAAUGUAUCUGUUGGCCGACUUGGGGGGCCCUUUGGGACGAGAUGUGAAAUUAAGAACCUCAACAGUGUCAGGUUUAUGAUAAUCGCGAUUGCACACGAAACUCACCGGCAAAUUGCUCUGCUUGAAGCAGGCAAGGAAGUAGCGCAGGAAACUCGAGGCUUCGACGAGGACAAAGCAGAAACGUAUUCUUUACGAAGCAAAGAGGACGCACCUGACUACCGCUACAUGCCGGACCCUAAUCUGCCUCCGCUCCUCCUCAACGAGGCUUUUGUAUCUCGCAUCAGACGUGGUAUACCACCGCUUCCAGCUUCCACGCGAGCUCGACUACUGUCACUCGGGUUGUCCGAACGUGACGUGGACGUUUUGAUAACCAUUGACGCUAACGUAGAUAUUAAUUACGACGGCGAAGCAAGAUGCGGAGCUGUUGCAUACUUCGAUGAGGUAUCCCAAGGACGCAACCCGAAAGUUGUGAUCAAUUGGAUGACAAACGAGCUUCUUGGCCAACUCACACUGCGGCAUGAUCAGCAGUCAUCGGCGCAUCCAUUCCAAAGCAACCCUGUCAGUGUCGCGCAGUUUGGCGAAUUGAUAGACUUAGUGGACUCGAGGAAAAUAACCGGACCUGCUGGCAAGACCAUUAUCAGACACAUUAUCACUAACUCGAGCGGUGCUAUGCCAUCAGCUCUGGCCGCGGAGCUCUUAUUGCUAGUAGGCGACAACACCGAAACCUCUCUGAAAAAGUGGUGUGAGGCAGCGAUCCAGGCGUUGCCCCAAGAGGCCGAAGUGGUCCGCAAGGGCAACAAGAACGUUGUGAACAAGCUUGUCGGGCAUGUCAUGAAGUCGAGCAGGGGCGCCGCGGACGCGAAGGCAGCGAGGUCCAUGUUAGAAGACAUUUUAUCUGGCUAGUAAUAAAUGGGCAAUACGAAGACUAGUCACGAUCUCGUCUGCGGGGUGGUGUGGUAUCCUCAUCGGGUGCUCGUUUUCGCGGUGUCCUGUCGUCGUCGUCGUUCCGUCUGCGGGACGACACUAUGUCGUCAUCCCUGACUAGACGGUGUGGAGGGCUGUCAGGUCUACUGUCCUUGUGGCGUGAAUCUCUGGCUAGUGAUCGUGAACGAGACCUAUACCGUGCUGGUCCAUCUCGAGGAGAUCGUGGAGGAGUACCACCCCUGUUUGCCGUGCGGUAUCUAUCUCUGAGACGAUUAUCGUACCGGUCAGCACGUCUGUCGCGGCUCUCUGACCGCCUCCUGUCGUCCGGAGAAGGACUGCGACGCUGUGGGCGGCUCCGACUAAGGCUCUCCAGCUCUUUCAGAAGAUCCUCAACGUCACGCAUACCCUCUGACUUGCCCGUCUGUUUCUUCAGCUUCUUCUGCCUCUUACGCUCUUUACGAGCACGUCGUUCUUCAGGCGUCUCGGCCUUAUGCUUGCGCUUGCCUUUCGAGCUUCCUUUCUUCUUGGCUUUUUCUUCCUUGUACUUCGCGAUGAGGUAGUCGCGCAUAGGGUCAUCAGGGUCGAUGUCUGGUCCGUCCGAUUCUGAGCUCUCGGAUUCUGCGCCUUCGCCGAUUAUGAGCUCUGGCUUCGCAUUCAGACUCUGCUCUUCCCUAUCAAUCCAUUCUCCCUCCUCGUUCUUGGUCCUAGGCUGUUUGUAGUUCUUAACAUGAUCGACCCGUAGUGUUCUUUCCAGCACUCUGGCACCGUUCAGGUUGUCGACUGCCAAGACAGUCGAACGCUGGUCCUCGUACAUCAGGAAUCCGAAGCCUUUCGUCUUGCCGGUGAUCUUGUCUCUUGGGAGGUUCAGGUCCAUGACCUCACCAUAUUGGGAGAAAAUCGUAAUGACAUCUCCCUCAGUCAGCUCAGGAUUCAAGCCCCCGACGAAGAUAUACGCAGAAUCUUUGUAGUCAUCAUGCCAGGAGCCGGAAAUGCCAAGAUCCAGCUCUCGCUGGUUAAUCUUGUUUAUUUCAUGUACGACAUUCAUGGUUGC